AAUAAUCUCUUGAUGUAUUUAUGGUCGCGAUCGUAUUCGAUGUGUAUUGUCGGAUUUUUUAAAGCAAAUAGCUCCGCCUAUUUUCCUGAUACAAUUUUAACACACUCGAGUCAAACGAUUUUCGGAUUAUGGCCGAAUAUCUGGCGUCAAUUUUCGGGACUGAGAAGGACAAGGUCAAUUGCUCAUUUUAUUUCAAGAUAGGCGCCUGUCGGCAUGGAGAUCGAUGUUCGCGAAUUCAUAACAAGCCGACCUUUAGUCAGACGUGCUUACUGCAGAAUCUCUAUGUGAAUCCUCAGAAUUCUGCGAAAAGCGCAGAUGGAUCUCAUUUGGUCGCAAACGUGUCUGACGAAGAGAUGCAAGAACAUUACGACAAUUUUUUCGAGGACGUUUUUAUCGAGUGCGAAGACAAGUACGGGGAGAUCGAGGAGAUGAACGUGUGCGACAAUCUCGGUGAUCACUUGGUCGGAAAUGUUUAUAUCAAGUUCCGCAGAGAAGAGGAUGCGGAGAAGGCGGUGAACGACUUGAAUAAUCGUUGGUUCGGCGGUAGACCAGUUUACGCCGAGCUCUCGCCUGUAACUGAUUUUCGCGAGGCCUGCUGUCGUCAAUACGAAAUGGGCGAGUGCACGCGCUCCGGAUUUUGUAACUUCAUGCACUUGAAACCCAUCUCCCGGGAGCUCCGACGGUACUUGUAUAGCCGAAAGAAGAGUAAGGGUCGAUCGAGAUCACGCUCGAGAUCGCGAGGUCGCGACCGUAGGAGGAGAUCCCGAUCCCGUGAUAAGAGAUCCAGGUCCAAAGAUCGGCGCAGAGGAAGAGACGAGAAGACCAGAGACGGUCGAUCUGGUCGUUAUUAAUAAAAUUUUGUUUAUAUAUUUAGAUUUAGUUGCUUGUCGAUAUAUCUCUUUAUUUUAUUUAUAAUACUUGAAUCAAUCAUAUAAAUUUUUACCUUUUUAUUAUUAACAGUUCGAAAGUUCAUAUAAGAGAUUUUCUGUCAAAUUAAUAAUUCUGUAAAUAAAUUCGUAUAGUAUAUUCAAUAUUGAAUAGCUGUGGUAUUGCGAGUUCUGUAAUAAUGGUAUAGACGGCAGCACUGACUUACUGUGUGUCUAAAAAAUAUACUGUGUAUUUUUAUGAAAUUAUUUUUUUUUUUGUAUGCACAUUGGUUAAGAUAAAUGAUAGAUAAUGUAUAUUCAAAUUUUUAGUUUUUGCAUUAAAAUUUGAGAAAAAUAUUGAGAAAAAUAUUUCAUCAAUUUUCUAAUUUUCCUUUCUCUUAAGUUUAAGAAAAAUAGGUAUUAAAGAUGGUAAACUUUUAAUAUAUGUUUACUCUAAAUAAUUAUGCAAUUUAUAUUUUUGAUUUUUUGUAAGAUAAGAGUGAAUUUCAACAUCUUAAAUCCUUAUCAAUGAAAUAAAAAAUUAAACAUUUUGAUAAUUAUUUUACUGACAUUUUGGAAAUAUAGAAACUCUAUCUCUAAAAUGAAAAAAAUGUAUAUAAAAUUUAUAUUAGAAUUUUUCUUUUUUAUUGAAUUUUUUACUUCAAUAUUUUCUAUUAGAAAUUUGUACAUUUGUCACAAGAUGUCACUUGUAGCAUCUCGCAUCGUUGGUUUUAUUUAUAGUUUCUACGUAUUAUUACUAUAUAAAAGAUAAUUUUAGAUUAUAAUUAAUACUUGAGAAACAAUAUUCGUGUUUAUAAAAGUCAAUUUAUUUAAGAAAUAAUUUAUAUAAAUUGUAAAACGUAUAAAAAAACUGAAAUUAAACUGUUAAAGAAAUAUUAUAAUCAUAAAGUUGUAUCGUGUUAUAUUAUAUGCAGCCACAAAAUAAAAAUUUCGUAC